AUGAUCGACGCAUUUCUCAAUAAAAUCACCGCAAUCUAUUAUCACAUUUACUACCUCGCUUUCGGAAUUCCAAUGAAUCUUCUGAUGUUUUUCAUGAUCUUCAAGAAAACUGCCAAGGUUUUCGAGUCAAUGAAAUAUUUUUGAUUCCGGCUAGCUUUUCUACGCUAAUACUUUCAAGUUUAGCAUUUUUUCUACAAAUACGAACGAUAAAUAAUACCAAAAGCUUGGCUAUAUUGGGACAGGGGUUAUGUAUACACAUUGGAGCACAGAUAUGUUUUCAAGCUUAUAUUUUGUUGUUGGUGAUUAAUCAUCAUGGCUUCAAAUUUUUAUAAACAAGUUCAGUCACUUUCGGCGGCCGUUGCAGUUUUGAACAGCCACAUUAUCUUCUAUCGGAUGAUUUUCAUGAAAUAUCAAGAUCGAAAAAUUGUAUUAAAAUAUGUAUACAUUUAUUGCUUGAAAUAUUCUAUACCUCUUUCUGUGUUGGUAAGGUUUACCCAAAACUCUGAAGUUCUAUUCUGUAUCACCUCAGGUUUUCUGUAAUAUUCCUGAAAAGAACAUGGAAGUUGUCUACAAUGAAACCUUCACUCAACAUCCAGAUUAUUCUCUCGAACCAUUUGGAAAUUGUGGGGGAUUUGUGAAUACUUAUAGUGUUUUUGCAUCCGCGAACACAUUUAUUCUAGCAAUUACAGUUGUGUACUUAUCGAUUUUUGGAUAUUAUUGUCGAUGGAGUUCUCUCAAAAUUUUGGAUUUGAACAAAACUUCAUUAUCCCAGAAAAAUGUUGAACUUUUCAAGUCCUUGAUUCAGGUUUUACAGUCAAUUUUUUUAUUUUUAAUAAUUUCUCCAGGGUUUCAGGGUCUAACAGUACAAACUAUUCUACCAUUAGCUUGUUAUAUACUAGUUGGUAUAUUUUUUCUACAUAGCAAAUAUAAUGAGCAGGAUCAAUUGAUAUUUUCGCAAUAUUUGGUUGGAAUUCUUCUAACACUUCCCGCUGUUAUGAAUCCAAUGUUGAAUAUUUAUUUUAUUAUUCCUUAUCGAGUUGCACUUCGUCAAAUGGUAUUUACAAAAUCAGUUACAGAAAGCGAACCACAAAUUAUGUUUACGAAUUGAAUUUAGAUACACCCAAAAUAGUUUUUGAUACAUAAUAUGUAGAUAAAUAUCAUAUGAGCCCAGGCACAAGUUGUUACUAGCCAAUGAAAAAAGUUUAAUCAAUGGGUAGUGUAAUUAUUAUUAUACUCGAAUCAUUCAAAACUCAAAAAAAUCAUGAUCGACGCAAUUUUCAACAAAAUUUCUGAAAUUUAUUAUCACAUUUACUAUUUUGCAUUUGGCAUUCCUAUGAAUCUUCUCAUUUUUUUACCUGAUUCUCAAAAAAACAGCCAAGGUUUUUGAGUCAAUGAAAUAUUUUUUGAUUCCGGCUAGCUUUUCUACGCUGAUACUUUCAAGUUUAACCUUUUUUCUACAAGUUAGAACUGUUAAUAAUACCAAAAGUUUGGCUAUAUUGGGACAGGGAUACUGUAAAAUGUUUGGAGCAGAGAUAUGUUUUCAAGCAUAUAUUUGGUUAUUGGUGAGUUUGAAGAAGAACAUUGUUUAGAAUUAUUAUAUCAAAAUAUUUUUAGUCACUUUCUGCGGCCGUUGCAGUGCUAAAUAGUCACAUAAUUUUCUAUCGAAUGAUUUUCAUGAAAUUUCAAGAAAGAAAAACUGCAUUAAAGUAUGUAUACUUGUAUUGCAUUAAUUAUUUGAUACCUCUGAUUACUGUGGUAAGAUCAUUUGAAAAUUUCGAGAAAAGUUUAACAUUAUAGAUUUUCUGUAACAUUCCUGAGAAAAAUAUGGAUGCAGUCUACAACGAAACUAUUACUCAACAUCCUGAUUACUCUUUCGAGCCAUUCGGAAAAUUUGGAGGAUUUGUGAAUACUUAUAAUGUUUUUACAUCAGCAAACACUAUUAUUCUAGCACUAGGAACUGUAUACUUUUCAAUAAUUGGUUUUUAUUGUAGAUGGAGUUCUCUAAAGAUAUUGGAUUUGAGCAAAACUUCAUUAUCCCAGAAAAAUGUUGAUCUUUUCAAAUCACUGAUUCAUGUAAAUCAACAUUGACUAUAACUUUUAUAACUAUGAACUUGCAGGGUUUUACAGUACAAACAAUUUUACCUUUGACGUGUUACAUUCCAGUUGCAAUAUCUUUUCUAUAUAACAAAUAUAAUGAGAAUGAUCAAUUGAUAUUCUCUCAAUAUUUGGUUGGAACUCUUCUAACACUUCCCGCUGUUAUGAAUCCUAUGUUGAAUAUUUAUUUCAUCGUUCCUUAUCGUGUUGCUCUUCGUCGUAUGAUUCUUCUUAACAGAUCAGAGAUUGAAAGUGAGCCACGUGUUAGAUUCAGGUGAAUUUUGAAAAGAUUUACCACAUGAUUAAUCUAGAAAAGUUACAGAAACAACAGUAUCAACCCAUCUUUACAUCAUCAUGAAUGUCUAGCAACAGUUGCUAAUUGA